CCAAGUUAGGCUAAUUACAGUAAUGGGAGUACAAUACAGUACCCGUAAUCGGGGGCGUGGUCAUGUAAAGCUAUGCCUCGCCGUAUGUAUCUAUGAUUGGGUUUGAAUGGGGAAGGCUCUUCUAUUCAUUCUAUUUCUGUGGUUCAGACAGAUUGGUGGCUAGCCAGUUUGGGUUGGUAUGCAAUGUAUGAUUAGCAUAGAUACAUACAUUUCCGAAUCGAAGGAUUCAUUGCUUCGCCAAAAUGUUUUUUAUACGUUUGCUUGAACGUUUACCGCCUGACCUGGAAUCAGUCGUAUUGUAAAAAUGAGGCAUUUUAAGAAUCCAAGCUAGAUGGCUAGCUAGCUUUCCAUCUUGUAAACUCAAUAUGCUUUGCUAGCGUAACGUUAGCCAAUUUGCUAGCUAACCGUUAGCGGACUAAUCGUGUAAACGUUAGUUAUUUUGGUUUGCUAGCUAACGUUACAUUUUAUUGAUGGGAUAACGUUAGCUGGCAAGGUGUCCUGUAGUUUGUCCAUCUGACUUCCUAAACCUAUCUAACGUUAGUUUACCAGCCUCCGCUUUAUUCCCUUAACUAUCGUUUCGUUUACUGGAUUUGACGUAACAUUAGCUGGCACUGGCUAGUAGCUGCAAGAUAUGGCCACUGCCUCUAGCUCCUGUGUGGGGAGAAAUGUGUCUAGAAAUGGACCCUCUGUCUCGACCCCGACCUCGGGAGCACCUGGACAAUCACAGCCUAUGGUCGUUGUAUGGGAAUGGCAGGAUGAUCUUGGCGUCUGGCUACCGUACAGCGGCCAGGUGAGCGGCUACAUAGAACAAUGUUUCUCUUCUCCGCGGGGACACAAGAGUGGGGGUCCUGGCUCCACCAGUAUCUGGCUCGGACAAUCAGAUCCCAGUUUGUCGCCUUAUCUUAUAGACAUACCAAGCUUGAAGCAGUUCCGCCAAGAUACAGGAAAAACGCGGUCUGUACGCCGUCAAUUGUUUGCCCAGUCCUCAGGCUUGGGUAGCGGAGUAUAUUGGGAGUGGGUGAAUGACGAAGGAGGAUGGACUCCAUACGAGACUCGCAUUUCUAUCCUACUAGAACACAGCUACCAGGCACGGCAGGCCACGGCGGACAUUGUCUCACACGGCUAUAACUACAUAGUGGACCUCACGGCGCUGGACCAGGUCAACAAGGCCACGGGCUACCGGCGACAGGUACGACGGCAGGGUAACCUCCCCUACCCACUGGCAUCUGGUGCAUCUGUCAUACACUCGGGCCCGGCCUGCUCCUGCCAGCAGUGUCUGAGCCACAGCAGCACUGGCCCCAUGUCCAGCCGCUCGCGCCAUUCCUUCUCGUCGGGGCAGCUGAGCCGGCCUAGCCUCCAGGUCCCUAGCAGGGCGACUGGAGCUCACCCCACCUCAGUGUACUCACCCUACACCAGGAGGCCUCUUUCUGUGGGGGGAAUGGCGUGGGGAGGCCCCUGGCCACUGGCACCCUCCGCUAGUCAACUCCCUGGAGCUCAACUGGCCUUGUCCACCAGUGCCAAUGGCUUAAGUAUCCCCGCCAUCCCUGUGCAACUGAAUGGAUCAACCAGUGUGAGCUCAGCCCUGGCAGGCAUGGCCUCCAUUUUGAUGUCAGCAGUGGGACUCGGCGUGCGCUUCAUGAGUGCCCCCUCCUCCGCUCCUCCUCCCCCAGCAGCAGCAGCAGGCCCGCGGGCUCCAAAAGUCGCAGCUCGGUUAGGAGGGAAAAGAGGCAGCACAGGACAGUCCCGGCCCAGAAACCAGAGGAUGUCAUUCACCGCUACAUGGAGGAAGUGGCCUCUGCUCAAGACGAGGACUGCAUCAUCUGUAUGGACCGGCUGUCUUGUCCGUCGGAUUAUGACGUGGCGUCUGAGGGAGCCCAGUCCAUCCAGCCUGGCGCCGUGGGCAAGUUCAAGUGUGGACACACCCUCCACAUGCUCUGCAUGCUGGCCAUGUACAACAAUGGUACCAAGGAUGGCAGCCUCCAGUGCCCCUCAUGCAAGACCAUCUAUGGGGAGAAGACUGGGACCCAGCCCAAGGGGAAGAUGGAGAUCUAUAGUAUCUCCCAGUCCCUCCCUGGCCACCCUGACUGUGGAACUAUCCAGAUCAUAUACAACAUCACCCAUGGGAUACAGGGUCCAGAGCACCCUAAUCCCGGGCAGUCGUAUACCUCUAGAGGCUUCCCUCGCUUCUGCUUCCUCCCAGACAACAAAAAGGGCAGAAAGGUGCUGGAGCUGCUGAAGGUGGCAUGGACACGGCGCCUCAUUUUUACGGUGGGAACGUCCAGCACCACGGGCGAGCCCGAUACGGUGGUGUGGAACGAGAUCCACCACAAGACGGAGAUGAUGUCCAACGUGUCUGGUCAUGGCUACCCGGACCCCAACUACCUGGACAACGUGCUGUCCGAGCUGGCCUCCCAGGGGGUGAGCGAUGACUGCCUCCACAGACAGGAGGACCCCAGCCAGGGAGGAGCGUCAAACUCUAGACUGUGAAAACUGGUUAUGGCUAGGGAGCAUCUGACUGUGAAACUGACCGUGAAUCACUUUCCUCGUAAUGUCGCAACUUCAACAUAGAGAACAUAAGGGAUAAACCAAGUAUUCACAUUCCCACCUGGAUAUGUUUUUAUUAAGUAUUCAAAUGCAAAGCGUAUGUCUGAGUGCAGUGUGCCGAAUACUACACAUACUGAUAAUGUGGGAUUUGACUUGGACUUUAUUAGCUGCAGUAGUGCUCCAUUAGCUCUUGGUUUAGUCACCUAGGCUGUGUCUCAAACUGCACCCUGUAUACAUCCCUAUAUUUGUAGUGCUAUAUAUAUUUAUAUAUGUACACACACACAGUGGGGCAAAAAAGUAUUUAGUCAGCCACCAAUUGUGCAAGUUCU